CGGGGCGGCCGGUCACGUGGCAGGUCGGAGCCCGCCGGCCGCGCGCUUCCGUCCGGCGCAGCGCCUGUCCCCGCACGUGGCGUCGCCGCCCCGGUCCCCGCGCCGCGGACCCCGCCGCCCGCAGCAUGGCGCCCGGCCAGCUCGCUUUACUUAGCGUCUCUGACAAAACAGGCCUUGUGGAAUUUGCCAGAAGCCUGUCUGCGGUUGGUCUGAACCUGAUCGCUUCUGGAGGGACUGCAAACGCGCUCAGGGAUGCAGGUCUGGCGGUCAGAGAUGUCUCUGAGCUGACGGGAUUUCCCCAAAUGUUAGGGGGACGUGUGAAAACCUUGCAUCCUGCGGUCCAUGCUGGAAUCUUGGCUCGUAAUAUCCCAGAAGAUAAUGCUGACAUGGCCAGACUUGAUUUCAAUCUUAUCAGAGUUGUCGUUUGUAACCUGUACCCCUUUGUGAAGACAGUUGGUUCUCCAGAUGUCACUGUUGAAGAGGCUGUUGAGCAAAUUGACAUUGGUGGAGUCACCCUACUGAGAGCAGCAGCCAAGAACCACGCCCGAGUGACAGUCGUGUGUGAACCGGGGGACUACGCUGCCGUGUCUGCAGAGAUGCAGACCUCCGACAGUCAAGACACCUCCCUGGAGACUAGACGCCAGUUAGCCUUGAAGGCUUUCACUCAUACGGCACAAUAUGAUGAAGCAAUUUCCGAUUAUUUCCGGAAACAGUAUGGUAAAGGAAUAUCUCAGCUGCCCUUGAGGUAUGGGAUGAACCCUCAUCAGACUCCUGCCCAGCUGUACACACUGAAGCCCAAGCUCCCUGUCACAGUUCUCAAUGGAGCCCCGGGAUUUAUAAACUUGUGUGAUGCUCUGAACGCUUGGCAGCUGGUGAAGGAACUCAGAGGAGCUUUAGGCAUCCCAGCUGCUGCCUCCUUCAAACACGUCAGCCCUGCAGGCGCUGCUGUUGGAAUCCCGCUUAGUGAAGAUGAGGCCAAAGUCUGCAUGGUCUACGAUCUGUAUGAAACCCUCACGCCCGUGGCCACCGCGUAUGCGAGAGCCAGAGGGGCGGAUAGGAUGUCUUCAUUUGGUGACUUUGUGGCGUUAUCUGAUGUUUGUGAUGUUCCUACUGCCAAAAUCAUCUCCAGAGAGGUGUCUGAUGGUAUUGUUGCCCCGGGAUAUGAAGACGAAGCUUUGAAAAUACUUUCCAAAAAGAAAAAUGGGAACUACUGUGUUCUUCAGAUGGACCAGUCUUACAAUCCAGAUGAAAAUGAAGUUCGAACCCUCUUUGGUCUUCGUUUAAGCCAGCAGAGAAAUAAUAGUGUCAUCGACAAGUCGUUAUUUAGCAAUGUUGUUACCAAGAAUAAAGAUUUGCCGGAGUCUGCGCUCAGAGACCUCGUCGUAGCCACCAUCGCAGUCAAGUAUGCCCAGUCUAACUCCGUGUGCUACGCCAAGAACGGGCAGGUUAUUGGCAUUGGAGCAGGACAGCAGUCUCGGAUACACUGCACACGCCUCGCAGGGGACAAGGCAAACUCUUGGUGGCUCAGACACCAUCCCCGGGUGCUUUCAAUGAAGUUUAAAGCUGGAGUGAAGAGAGCAGAAAUCUCCAAUGCCAUCGAUCAGUAUGUUACUGGAACCAUUGGCGAGGAUGAAGAUUUGGCAAAGUGGAAGGCACUGUUUGAGGAAGUCCCUGAAUUGUUAACCGAGGCAGAGAAGAAGGAAUGGGUUGACCAACUUAGUGGAGUUUCUGUCAGCUCCGAUGCCUUCUUUCCUUUCCGGGAUAACGUAGACCGAGCUAAAAGGAGUGGUGUGGCGUACAUUGCUGCUCCUUCUGGGUCUGCCGCCGACAAAGUUGUGAUCGAGGCUUGCGACGAGCUGGGAAUAAUCCUCGCUCAUACAAAUCUUCGGCUCUUCCAUCACUGAUCUCGUCACAUGUUGCUUUAUGGCUUGCUUAUGUGGAGGUGAAAAAUCAUGUGUGAAAUUCUGAAAAUGCCUUUAAAAAGAAUAAAACAUUAAAUGUUAAGAA